AUGGACUCGAAGCGCAAGGCCAAUGGCGCUGCGUCGCCCGACAGCGAGGACCGCGCCGGGAAGCGGCGCAAGUUGGCUGAGUCUUACGAUCUCUCCAAGGGAGAAUCACCGGACUCGACUUCGGCCUACGGGCUGACCCUUGUCGAUCAGAUUCGUCGAACAGCCGAUAAAAGCGGCCGUCGUGUGGCAGGAUACUUCGAGGAUCUCCCGCCUGUCAAGGGUAACGAGGACUACUACGAGCGCACGCGCAUGCCCAUCUCCCUCUCCAUGAUCGAGGACAAGCUGCAGGCUGGCGAGUUUGCCAACCUGUCAGAGCUCGAGAGCUACUUCAAGCGUAUGAUCUCCAACGCAAAGGAGUGGUUCCCCCGCUCUUCGUCCACCUACGACGACGCCGAGCGCGUCCGCAAGGCCGUCAGCAACUACAUGACCAAGACGAACCCGGCCUACCAGACCAGGGGCUACCAAGCCAUCGCCACACCUCUUCCCGGUGAAGAGGGGACACCCAAGCCGGCGGGAGGCCCGAAGCGCCGUUCUUCGGCAGCCGCCGCCGCCGCCGCCGCCGCUGCGGCGGCGACUGACGAGGACGAAGAGAAAGAGGAGGAUGGCGGCAAGGAAGACGGGGACGACGAGGAGGACGAAGAGGACGAGAAGCAAGAAGAGGAAGAAGAAGAAGAUAGCACGCCCGCCGGGUCGAAGAGGCGAUCUAUCAUCCUCAAGCGGAGGGGUCCCACCCGGUCGACACGAAACUCCAUCUCCGCACCGCAGGAGACGCCUCGAAAGUCUGCUGCGUCCGCGAAGCCAGACCACCAGUACGAGGACGUGCCCUACAAGGGUCUGAGUUUCCAGCAGGCCCAGGAGAAGAUUGUCGAGGAGAUGCUACGUCACAGGGAACCAGAGUACGACAGCGCGUACUUUGAGGCAUUUGUGAACCUGCCUCCCCGUGCACUCAGGGACUACUACAAGAUGAUCGCGGACCCUCUGUCCCUCAAGAAGCUCCAGAAGAUGGUCAAGGGAGUGCAGAGCCGUCACGAGUCGACGGGCACCACGGAAUUCAAGUCGUGGGCCCAGUUUGAGGACAAAGCUGCUCUUCUGUGGGAGAAUGCGUUUUACUACAACGAGGAGAAGAGUGAGAUAUACAUACUGGCUCAGGAACUCAAGGACUUCUUCUACAGGCACCUCAAGUCAGCUCAGCAGGCCGUCCAGGAGCCGGCCCAGCCGAAGAUCAAGCUCAAGGUGGGACAGCAGCAGCAGGCCGAACCGUCAUCAAACAGCAAGAAGAUCACCAUCCACGUCGGCAACGGCCACGGCCACGGCGGAUCCGUCGACUCUCCCACUCCCGCAUCCCCAGCAAAACAGCAGCAGCAGCAGCAGCAGCAGCAGCAGACGCCAUCAGCAUCGGUGAAGGAAACAGCAGCAGUGAACGGGACGCACACGCAACUGUCGCUCGCUCCCGUGGAUAAAGCAAGCAGCAUCUCAUCGCUCAGUCCGUCCGUGAAAAACCAGCAGCAACUGCCUGGAUCGCCGGCCGUGCGGGCGCCCAGCGUGGCGUCGGGCCAGAUGACGCCCGGAGAGGCCGGGCGACCUCCAUACCCGGCUGCUCCGUCGCAGCCGCCGCAGACGCAGGUGCAGGCUCCUCCUCCGCCGCCGCCGCCGGUGAUCCCAAUGGAGCCGAAACUGCUGAGGGGUACAGGAAAGGGCGUCAAAGACGCUCUCCUAUCAUCUCUACGUCUCCAGUUCUACAGCCACGCGCGCCACGAGCCCACUCUGACGACGAUCCUCCCGGACGCCAAGGAGAUGCAGCAGUCGGCGACGGUCAACCUGACGGCCGACUUCGGGCGGCUCUUGGCGAUCGCGACGCUGCCCGACUUCAUACAGGACAGGCAGUACUCCCUCUGGACGCUGCUGGACAGGCAGCCCCUCAAGACGAGCAUGCAGCCCCCCUCGGUGCUGGCGCAGGCCGUGCCCGACCUGACGCACCGGGACAGGGUGUUUGAGGCGAUGCUCCGCCCGGGCAUCAACACCCUCGAGGCCCACCUCGUCGCUGCCAUACCCAGGGCGGAGAGGGUGCAGGGGGGUCCGGAGGUCGAGCUCGAGGUCUUUACCGUCUACGUGAAUGUCUUGCGGGGUAGCUGA